GCCCGCACCCCUGCACAUCAGGGCUUCCACCUUCUAGUGUUCCGCCGGCCCAGGCGGGCAGAUCAACUGGGUUGCUUGGACCUAGGCGAACCGGCUUCUUCAACCGGCCGAGGCUCGAAACUGGUGUCCAUCUUUGAAGGAAUGCUUGAGCUUGCCUGGAUAGUAGUAGCACAGAACCUGCUGAAGCUUCGGGGGAGAUAGUCGUAACUUCUACCAGGCAUGCAUGCUUUCAGAGCAAGGGUUGCCCUGCGGUCAACUGCGGUGUCCUUUUGCAAAUCUAAGUGGCAUCAAUAUGUGGAUGAACUUGCUGGAGAGCUGUGUAUUCAACGAACUUUCAGCACAACACGAAGAAUUGAUUUUGCGGAAUCUGGAGCAGGAUCAACUACCAGGGCUAUGCAAAUGCAAAUUGUUGAUGCGCUCCGCUUGGGCGAGAGGAGGAGGGCUUCUAACCUACUUUUAGAAUUUGGUUAUGGAAGCCACUCAUUAAGAGCUGAUGAUUUUUUUAUUAUUAUUAAGUACUGUGCACAGUCACCUGAUCCAUUGUUUGUAAUGGAGAUUUGGAGAUUAAUGGAGGCAAGAGAUAUUAGCUUGAAUCACAUAUGCUUAUUUCUUAUGAUGAAAGCCCUCUGUAGAGGGGGUUACUUGGAGGAGGCCUUUAAUAUGAUGAAUUUUCUCAGAGAAACCCAGCAGUUCUAUCCAGUUCUUUCUGUAUACAAUAAUUUCUUAGAAGACUGCACAAAAAUGCACAGCAUAAUCCAUGCAACCAAAUGUUUGGACUUGAUGGAAAAGCACAUGGUUGGAAACAAUGAAGUCACAUAUACACUGUUGCUUGAGCUUGCAGUUCUGCAGAAAAACUUGUCCGCAGUUCAUCAAAUUUGGAAGGAAUAUGUUAAGCACUAUAGUAUUAGCAUCAUUGUUCUGCGGAAAUUUAUAUGGUCAUUCAGAAGGUUGGGAGAUUUAACAUCUGCGUUUAAGGCUUUGCAACAAAUGGUUUCCUUAGCAAACAAGGGAGACAUUUAUAUUGAUAGUAAGCAUGAUGGGAAAAAAAGGAAAGAUGAAGUUAAGGAGUUGUAUUCUACUAGAUUGGACAUCCCCAUACCUUUAAAAGGAGAGCUAGGUUCAACCAUAUUGGAUGUGAAGGAGAACAAACAAGUUGACCCUUCUAUAUGCCCUCCUCUGAAUUCUGCAAGCUUAGAAGCUAAGAGUGUUGGAAUAUGUAGGCUAAAUGGCCAAACAUAUCCAGCACGAAUUAUGGAGGUUUUGACGUGGUCCUUUAAUGAUGUAAUACAUGCAUGUAGACGAGGUCGAAAUUAUGCUCUUGCAAAGCAUCUUAUUCUGCAGAUGCAAAAUCUUGGGUUGCAGCCAUCCAGCCAUACAUAUGAUGGCCUUAUCAGAGCUGCUGUUUCUGAAAUUGGGUUCAGUGAAGGCUUGGAAGUGUUAAAGACUAUGCGGCAGAAAAAAUUGAAGCCGUAUGAUUCAUCUCUAGCUAUACUUUCAAUCAGUUGCAGUAAGGCACUUGAACUAGAUUUGGCAGAGGCUUUGCUGAAUCAGAUUUCUAUAUGUGAACGUCCACACCCUUUCCACGCUCUUCUUACAUCCUGUGAUAAAACGAACAAACCUGAACGUGCUGUGCAGGUCUUAGCCAAGAUGAAACAGAUGAAUGUUGCACCUGAUAUCAGGAUAUAUGAGUUACUGUUUAAAUUGUUUACUAAUGUAAACCCCCCGUAUGAAAAGGGCAAUAUGAUAUCACAGGUAGAAGCUGCUAAAAGAAUCAAUGCUAUAGAAAGUGAUAUGGUCGCAAAUGAGAUUCACCACAGCUAUAAAACAUUGAAAAGCUUGUUGAGGGCCCUUGGAGAAGAAGGCAUGAUAAGAGAGAUGAUCCAAUACUUGCAUGUGGCAGAGAAUCUUUUCAUUCAUAGAGACCCUACUUUGGGAACAGCCAUGUACAACAUAGUGUUACAAUAUCUUGUUGUAGCCAAAGAAAGUCACAUGGCAAUUGAAAUUUUCAAGAUGAUGAAGUUAUGUGGCUUGCAGCUUAGUGCUGCAACGUAUAAUAUAAUGAUUGAUUGUUGCAGCAUACUAGGAUGUUUCAGAUCUGCUUCUUUGCUAGUUUCGAAUAUGAUACGUGAAGGUUUUUAUCCAGACACUCCAACAUAUACUGCUCUCAUUAAGGUCAUGUUGGAAGUUGAAAACUUCAAUGAAGCCUUGAAUCUUUUGGAUCAUAUGAGAUCAGAUGGCAAGAAAUUUGAUGCUCUAGUGUUCAAUACAAUUCUUAGAAAAGCACAUGUGAAGGGAAGGAUUGAUGUUAUUGAGUUCAUUGUGGAGCGCAUGCACCAGGAGAAAAUUCUGCCUGAUCAGACAACUUGCAGCUCUGUCUUCUGUGCGUAUGUAGACUCUGGUUUUCACAACACAGCAAUUCAAGCAUUGCAGGUUUUAACUAUGCGUAUGCUUGGUGGCCAUGAUGACAUUGAUGAAGAGAAGAGAAAAUUAGUCAAUGAAUUCAUCCUUGCCGAAGAUUCGGCUGUCGAGUCAAGGAUACUUGGAUUUUUUGAAGAGUCUGAAGAGAAACUUGCUUUUGCCCUGUUGAAUUUACGCUGGUGUGCCAUGUCUGGGCUCCCCAUGUGUUGGUCAGUUGAUCAGAGCCUUUGGGCUAGAAGACUUAACAUAAUUUAGCCAGGUGCCGCCGUGUCCAGAUCCCCCCUAAUGUGAGUUUUGGUAAUGCUCUGUUAUUACGGCCUUCAUCUUGAUUCUUCAAGAGGAGUGGAAUUUUGAGUCUUAAAGGCAAUGUCAAUUAGCAGCAGGCUGCGCACAAGUUGUGACCAAGUGCUGACAAUGAUCUACCAAGGGUGCAUUUUCAACCAGGGAUUUGGAUUGUGGGCACGAUAAAGGUUCUGGAGGUUAAUAUUGGGAAACACAUAAAGAGAUGUUUUCCCUGACACCGCCACUGAUGUUCACCUCAAUUUUACUAUGAUCCAACUAUGACAAGUCACCAAAGGCCUGUUUGGUCAGCGCUAUGGAAAGGUAAUCCGUUCCAUUGUAUGAUAAUGUGCAAUAGUUUUUGUAUUCUCCAAUUAUCACUUAAUAAUAACUUUUUUGUUUAUUAAUUUUUUAUUUAGAGAUCACAAGUCGAACAGGCCCUGAGUUGUUUUUGGCCAGAGAAGAGGCCCUAGCUUGGUUGAUAAAGUUGAUUCGUAGUUUCUAACGGGUCAAUAUGGUUGCCUUGAAAAAAUAAAUUGUGUGCAUUACUUUGUUUGUCAAGGGUGGCGUCGAUCAUCUUUUAAGGUUUAGGCAAACUUAUUGGAGCCACUUUGUUUAAUAUAACUCAUUAAUUUUUUUCAGUUUUGAGCUAUGAAAUUACUUAUCAAAGUAUUAUAAUAAAAGCUAACAUUUUGCUUU